AUGGAGUGGUGGUUCGCGUCUUCCGCUAUGGAGUGGUGGUUCGCGUUUCAGUUUGAGAUAGCGGUUGCUAUUUGGUGUUUAGCAUACGCUAUUUGUUACUAUUUUCUGAAGUUCCUUUUUAAUGUUAUUAUGAUGAUGAUUAUACUUCUAAAAAUUAUCCUCUUCCUUGCAGAGUCUUUUUCUUACUUAGCAUCUACUCUUGUCAGUUCCUUGUGGUUUGCUAUGGAACCUGUGAUAGAAGGACAUUCACAUACUUCGCGUUCAUCCUGGGAUAAGAUCUGUGAUUGUAUUAUGAACGGGAAUAUGAAGCAUAUAAAAUUAGAUGUACAUCUUAAGGAGUUGAGGAAUUUUGGACAAACCUAG